AUGCCAGAGGAGCCUCUAUUGACAACUGAUGACAAUGAAGACCCUAUGCAAUACUUUAUGAAGAUGGAGCGUUACUUUGCACUUCAAAAGUUAAAGUUGGACGAACAGCGGCAACAACAACUUGAACAACAACAGCAACAACAGCAACAACAACAACAACAACAAACUUGA